UAACGAGUGAGUCACACAAUCCUCCUCUCAGUCAGGUUUUGAGCGAUUGCUUGAAUUGAACGGUUGUACAAAAGUCCGGAGGAGACUCCAUCGAGCGAACGAGGAACCAGGAGGCAGCUCUGAUCGCACACAAGCUUCUUCGCGCCGCUCUUUUGGAGUACCAGUCUAGCUACAUUUUUUUUUUCCUCCACGGUGUCGAGGGUCCUCUCUCACGCUCAUUUGCUCGCGCUGAUCAUCCGCGCGUUGUCCGUCCGUCCAAAAAAGGUGGUGCAGCAGCAGUUAGUCGCGCGGGGUCGGUACUGUGCUACGGGCCGAUAUUGGUUUUACUGUGUGGUACUGUGUUACUGUUUGAGAGUGUACCGCUGCACGCGAACCCGGAGACCGCUCCACACACCAGCAGCAGCAACAGCAAUUGCCUUAGUGUACACACGAAGAGCGCCGCGGACGGAGUUUCAAGUGUCGCAACCCCCCAGGACGGGAAAAAAACAAGCAGGAAAAAAAAACAAAUAUCGAUCGUGAUAAGCGGUGCAGGAAACAAAGAAAAACAAACAGCCAAAAAGUAAUAACAAAACAACAACCGAGAAAAAGUGUCACAAAAGAGAGUGAUUUACCAAAUAAAAUAAAUAUCAAGUGCACAAGUGCGUGAAAAAUUGGGCAGCUCCCUGUGUGCGUGGGUGUGCAACCAAUGAAACAAACCAAAAUGAGAAGAACAAAUAACAAUUGCCGAGUUUGAGAAUAUUUUUUUUCUAGUGAAAAGGUGUGACGCAAUUCGGAUCCGAAGGCGUCGAAAAUCGUCGAGCAAAAAAAGCAAAAAAAAAAAAGUUGCGUUUUAAAUUAUAACAGCCACCAGUGGCAACCAGAGUUAGGAGUUAGCUUGUGGAUACACCUGUGAGACACACGGCUGGCCGUUUAGCCCGAGAGAGAAAGGGCCGUUUACUGCCAGCAGUGAUCGCAUCCUGCAAGUGAUUGUGUGCGAAUGAAAGUAGCAGCGAUGAGUUGCAAAUCGUUGUGGUGAACAUCUCAAGUCAAUUGAAAAAAAAGUUUGAACAGUAGCGAAAAUUGUGAGGGCUGAGCGAAUUUUUCGAGUCCUGAUUGCUGCGGAGUCGAACUAUCCUGAAAGAGCGAUUGAAAAAUGACACCCAACACUUCGGUCGUCUCCGUCGUCGUUAGCCAGCUGUUGAACGGCUGAACAAACCAGUCGACACACGACAGUCCCAGUCCCAGUGAAUCAAUCGAAUCGACCGCUGUUUUCCACUAAACAAAGGACAAACAAACAACGCCGCAAUCGCCCGACUAAACCCCCCAAAAUCGACCCAAAUGGUUAUGUCUCCAAGCAGACGACUAUCAUCGCCAGGAAUCGCCACGCAUCCGAUGAAUAUGCAUCUGAGCUCGCUGCAACACUCUCAGCUGCAAUUGUCCUCCCAAAUGCAUCAGAAGUUGGCCGCCGGACUAACGCCGAACCAUAUGAGUGGGUUUUUCAAGAGUCCGUCUACCUCCCCGAGCAGCGCCAAUGCUAAUAUGAGCAAUAGCGGCAGCAGCAGCAAUAACAACAACAAUAACAACAACAACAACCACCUCCACAGCGGUAGCAAGAAUCAGAGCAAUAGCAACGGUGGUCACACCCAAACAUCCAGCAUGCCGUCGGCAACCGAACUCUCGUCCCAUCCCCUGAACCGUCUGCAGUCAAUGCAACCGUUCGAUUUCCGCAAGCUCAGUGCGGCCGCUGCCGGACUCAGUGCAUUCACGGCCGGUCUACCUCCACCAAGGCUGAGUCCAGAAGCCGCCGCAGCACAUCACUUCAGCCAGCAGCAUGCGGCCGCUGCGGCAGCGUACUCUCAGGCGACCGCCAAGCGUCGCGAAUCGCAAUCCUCCGAAGCGUCGCAAAGUGCACGCGAACACGCAGCCGCCGCGGCGAAUUUCAUGAAUCUCUCGAUGGCUGGCCACGGUCUGCCGUUCCAGAUUCCACCACCACCUCCGCCCACAUCGGUCGCCAUGUCGCUCGCUAACUCUCUGAACCAUUCGGCCGCCGCUAUGGCAGCCGCCGUGUCCGGAAACCCUCUCGCCGCAAGCUUCGUUGCGCAAUCCUUCCCCAAUCUGCUGGCCGCGUCAGCUGCCCGUGAGCAAGCCCGCAGCAAAUCUCCGCUGUCCUCGCACCAUCACCAUCCCCAUCACCAGCAGCAACAACACCACCACCACCACCACAAUCCCCAUAAGAACCCCCACAAAUCGGAUAAACCAUCGGACAAAUCCGACCAGGAGAAGAACCACCAUGGCAGUGGGGAGAACGUAUUGAAUCUCAGUCGAGAUUUGGCAGCGGCAGCUGCCGCCAACCAACACCUCACCCGACAAGGUCUUCCCGGGCAUGUGAGUCGCCUUGCGGCUGGUCUACCGCCGGGAGCUCACCUCAAGAAACCCCAAUCACCAAACAAACGCCAGUGGGGAGCACUCCCACCCAACCUGGGCACUCAGUUCGUCAACCCAGCUACCGGCAAGAAACGCGUCCAGUGUAACGUGUGCUUCAAAACAUUCUGCGACAAAGGUGCCCUGAAGAUUCACUUCUCGGCGGUACAUUUGCGCGAGAUGCACAAGUGCACCGUGGAGGGCUGCAGCAUGAUGUUCAGCUCGCGCCGCUCCAGAAAUCGCCACAGCGCAAAUCCCAACCCCAAACUGCACUCGCCCCAUCUACGCCGGAAGAUUUCUCCCCACGAUGGACGCAGCGCGCAGCCUCAUCCCAUCCUUCUGCCAACGGGUGGAAUGCAGCUACCGAACGGACUCAACCCGCUGCACCACUUCGCACCCUUCCCACUGAUCCCACCAGGCGAUAUGCGUCACCCGUCGCUUUCCGCACUCGAGUUCAAAGCCAACAUGGAAGCUAGCAUGCACCGGCGCCUUCAGGAGCAGGAGAAACACCGCGAGCGGCAUUCGCUCAGCCCGGAGAACUACCGCUACCGUAGCCCUCUCGGUGACGCCAGUGACAAGUACCUCUCGCCUGGACAGCACCACCUCGGGGGAGGUAGCUCCAUCGGAAGCCAUCUUGAUGACGAUGACGACGAUGACGAUGACCCGAACGGAAUCGUGAUCGACGGUAACGACGAUGAUGACGAAAUGCAUGGCUUCGACAUGUCGCUCAGCUCGGAAUCGGAGGAUGUCAAGUCGUUCCGUCACUCGGGUACCCCCGAGACCGAACACGCGGAGUACGAAAACGAACGGCUAGCCGAGGAGCGCCACGAUUCGCACGAGAACGAACCGCAAGAUUUCAGUCUGUCGAAGAUGAAAUCGGAGAAGUUGUCGAUUUCGUCGGACGGAGAUGACGCUGCGAGCAACGUGGAUAGCAACGAAGAUUCGUCGGUUAACGAGUCGUCGCAUGCGACGCGGGAUGACAUGAACGCCUUCCUGUCGAUCAACAAACGCAAGCGGAAAAGUACGAACCCGACCCGAUGUGCGAUUCCGUCCGAGCGAUUGUCCGCCGGUUCGGGACAUUUGUCCGAUGAGAACGAUGAGCGGGAAGUGGAGGAAGAUCAACCGGAGCCGUUGAUCAAGAAGAUCAAGAUGGAGCAGCAGAGUGAUAAACAAGAGUGCGAGGAUUCGUCACGAUCCAAUGGUCCGAGCAGUCACCCAGAGCAGGAGCCUCUGGUGCGGAUCAAAACCGAACCCAGUGAGCAUCAGGACGAGGCCGAGAAUCUAUCACUGGAUUUGUCGAAGAAGCGUUCAACGCCCGAUGUGAAUGCAAAUGAAAAAUUCACCAAAUAUUCGAUAGAUGUGAAACCCGCGUCGGAACUGAUGGAGAAUCCGAUGUCGUUGGUGCAUCCGAAGCGGGAAAACGAAUCGGGUGACCAGGAAGCGGAGGAUUUGCGACGCCCGGGCUCCGCCGAUAGUAAAAAGAGCAGUGGGAGUUUGGAUUCGGCGAACACUUUGCGGCGGUUGGAAAAUCUGUCCCAAGGGCCGCUGAAUGAGAUGAUGCUGCAACGGGGUGGACUACCACAGUUUCCUCCGCUGAGUUAUCUCAUGAACGCUGCACCACCCAGUCCUGCAAGAUCGCGAAGUCCUUCACCAAAUCCGAGGUCCAGCCCCCACCAGGACGUUGACUCCGAUGACAAUGUCGACUACUGCGAAGAGGGCAACUGCUUCAGCGAUCCCAACGUACCUCUCGACAAAGAUAACCCAAAGAAAUGUUCCGCCUGUGGUCGGAUGUUCCAGAAUCACUUCGCGGUAAAGACUCACUAUCAAAAUGUGCAUCUAAAACUGCUGCACAAGUGCAAUAUCGAUGGCUGCAAUGCGGCCUUCCCAUCGAAACGAAGUCGCGAUCGCCACGCAUCGAACCUAAAUCUUCACCGCAAGCUACUGUCCACUAGCUCCGACAGCAGCGAAACCAUGCUUCCUAUGGAGAAACAAUUCACCGCAUUCCCGGGACCACUUCAGACGGAAUUCCUCGCCAGACUGUACGCCGACUCGCAAAAGUUCCCGAUGAACUUGGAGGCCUUCAAGAGUCACCUCCCGAAUGCGGGUGCUUACGCCGAUCACUUCCUCAACGGGUCCGGCCAACGCUUCCCUCCAGCCGCAGCCAAUCCCUUUCUGUUCCCCCCACUGGGUGGACUCGCUGGCUUCCCUGGACUCUCGCAGUUCUCACAUCUCCUCCCCCACCCACUGAACGGUAUCUCGUCCCAGCUAGCCGGCGGUCGCAUGUCCCGUUCCGACUCCCCCAUCUCGGCCUGUUCGCCACCCACAGCCACCAACAUUCCAUCGCCUAUGUCCCAGCAUCAGGAUGCGGAACAGGAUCGGCCCACGGCGAGCACCUUCCUAAGCCACAGCCGUUCGCCGGCGGCCACACCUGCCGAGGAGGCCCGCCGGAGCCAACAGACGCCGGAUUCCUUCUCGUCGUGACCGUCGCCAGCGGUAAGAUCCGUGGCGGAAACGGACAGCUGGCAAUAAACCCCCAUCGGAAAACGAAACACAAAAAAAAAGAACAAAAAUCGUCUUUCCGCUAAUCUCUAUUAGAUUUAAUUGAGGCGCAACCACGCCAAGCAAUGUUAUCUCAGCAAUGAAGCAAUUCAAGAGAGAAAAAAAAGCACUCGAACAGCAGAAGUUUGUUCAAUCUAGGACCGAUCGAGGAUGAUGAUGAUGAUGGUGAUGGAGGAAGUCUCUCCUCUAAAAAAAAAACGUGAUCUCGUUUGACUCUCUGUUUUUUUUUUUCAAUUAUUGUGUAAUUUAACGUUAUCGUAAAUUAGUUUCCGUCUAUCCAGCGAACUUUCGGCGCGGAGGCGUUGUGGAAAACUAUAAAAACAAACGCGGUAGCCGCUUGACCUGAUAGCGAGUUCAGACGUAAAUCACACUUUACUGAAGUGACCAGUGAUAUAUCUAUAAUUACUAGAAUUCCGGAGGCGUCUGCCCGGCUCCGAAAUUUUGGAGCAACCGCUUUCGAGAGCGGUGAAGAAGUAGGACAAAAUAAAAUACUGAUUUCGAAUUUCUUACGGUUAGGAUUUUAGCAAACUUUAGCAAACAUACAAAAAAAAGUGGUAUAAAUGAAAAGCAAACCGAACAAAUAAACAAAAAUGUAGCUUUCAUAAGGUCGUAAUUGUAAGCUUCUCCAGUUCCUAAAACUCUUCAAGUAGUUUUUUGUUGUGUAAUUUAUUUACUUGAAAUGGAAAACUUUCCCAAAAACCAACAACGAACAAACUGAUCAACGGAAUAUGAUAUUGAUUUUAUUAGGGUUUUAUAUAUACGAGUACAGUACUUUUCCUGUCAAGAGUGUAUUAUUUCAUCGAGCUGUCACCAACACCAAAUUCUUGCACGAAUGCACCCCGCCGCCGCCGCGAGCGGUGGAACGGGGCUAAUUCAAAGCAGAAGAAAACAUCAAAGAAUCUUAACGAAAUGAGAACGAAACUCUAGCUUAAGUAUUUUGUAGGAAUAUAUUGAUAAAUGGUGGAACGAACUUUUCAUUUAUGGUACCUUCAUUAUAUUUUAAACAUGAAUAUUAUUUUUUAUUUGCUUUAAGUCGCACUGACACUGACAAAACGGUGAACAAUGAGAAAAAAAGAGAGAAAAGGCGAAUGAAUCAAUAAAAAUGUGCAAUAUUUUUGUCCUCUUUUGUGCUCUAGAUAAAUAAUAGUCUCUUAGGGUAAUUGAUGACGCAAGCAUAGUUACAAUACUAAUUGUAGUAAGUAAAAAAUAAAAACAAACAAAAAAGCAAAAACAUGUUAGAUUUAAUCAGUCUGAAAUAAGAAAGAGAAGAAAAGCAUGCAUGAAAUAUCAUAAACAAGUUUUUACCGCCUAGGGAAAAUUAUCGCAACAAAUACAAAGCAUUGUAAAUAGUCUAUAAAUAUUGGUCUAUGAAGGCGUAGAUAAUUACUACAAUUGAUAUUACCGGAUAAGCGAACUUCAUUCUAAAUGAAGACCACGAACAUGGCAACAAACAAAUGAAAGAAUAAAAAAGAGAUACAGUAAUGUAAAAUACAAAACAAGCAAAACCCUUAUUCAUACGAUAAACGAAAUGCAAGUUGAAAUAUCAAAAAUAUCAAUAAUUAUACGAGGAAAAAGCAAACAAGUAUCUUUAAAACACCCCCCACUCUUCUGAAAAGUUUCACCGACUUUCGGCUAAUUCUCUAGGCUUUUUAUUUUUAUUUGUCGCGAUCGCACCACUGCAACCGAUCGACAAAUACCCCGCAGGCUGUUACAAAUACAAAUCGCGAUAAAUCUAUCAGUUUUUAUAAUAAAAACCAUUUAUAUUUAUUUUUUAAAGUGUCCCUUUUUAGGCUCGUCCCAGCAGGCGAGUGAAGUGAAAACAAACUGAGAAAAAUCUUCUUGAA